AUGCCUAGCACCACCGUCAACACCUCGCGCUGGUGGAAGUCGCGAAAUCUGCGCACCCUGAACUUGCUGCUGAUCUUCCCCAUGCUGUCCAUCUUCACGCAGGGCUUCGACGGUUCCAUGAUGAACGGCCUCCAGUCGGUCGAAAACUGGCGCGACUAUUUCGGCGAGCCCAAGGGCGCGACUCUUGGCCUGUUCAACGCUGCAUACCCCAUCGGCGGCCUCUGUGCCAUUCCUUGCGUCUCGUUCGUCAGCGAUACAUUCGGUCGCCGUAUCGGUCUCGCCACGGGAGCUAUACUGUGUUGCAUAGGUGCUACUCUCCAGGCCUCCGCUCAGAAUCUUCCCAUGUUCGUCGUUGCACGCGGUAUUCUUGGCUGCGGCACCGUCUUCCUCGGCUCAUCCGGAGCUCCCCUGAUUACCGAACUGGCCCAUCCGGAUCACAGAGCCACGGCCACGGCUCUCUUCAACACUUCGUACGCUCUCGGCUCCAUUGUUGCGGCCUGGGCGACGUUUGGGACAUUCAGGAUCAACUCGAGCGCUUCCUGGCGUAUCCCCUCAGCGCUCCAGGGAAUGCCCUCGGUUAUCCAGCUGAUCGGCCUGUACUUUGUUCCCGAGAGUCCCCGUUGGCUUGUGUCCAAGGAUCGAAACGAAGAGGCGCUCAGUUUCCUCGCCAAGUACCACGCCGAAGGAAAUGAACAGGAUGAACUUGUUCAAUUCGAGUACAACGAGAUCCGGGACGCUCUGGCCUAUGAGAGAAGCAUCGAUCGUGGCAGCUGGAUUCAAAACUACGUCGAAUUCGUGCGCACCCCGGGUAACAGGAAGCGACUGUUUAUCCUUCUAUGGACCGCAUGCAUCUCUCAAAUGUCUGGAAACGCCUUUAUUUCGUAUUACCUCGCCCCGGUGUUAACGUCCGUCGGUCUCACCACCAGCUUGGAACAAACUCUCAUCAACGCCACGCAGCAAACCCUUUCCUGGUUCUCCGCGCUCUACUUUGCGACGCUUCCUCAGAAGGUCGGCCGUCGCUUCCUGUUCCUCGGCUCUGGCUGUGCCAUCUUCAUUUGCCUGGUUUGCAUCACAGCCGGAAGUGCCGUUUUCGCCAACGACGCUUCCAACAAGGCUGCUGGCGGCGCCGUCGUUGCAUUCCUCUACCUCUUCUCUCCGGCAUACAACUUGGGCCUCAACGGAAAUCUGGGUCUCUACAUUACCGAGAUCCUGCCCUUCAACAUGCGCAUGAGAGGUCAGGCAUGCUUCCAACUGUUCGCGACCUCCUUUUCGCUCCUUUCGACCUACGCGGUCCCUGUCGGCCUGGAGAACAUGGCCUGGAAGUUUUACAUCAUCUUUAUCCCCUGGGUUGUCAUUGAGUUUACGGUCCUGUACUUUGUCUACCCCGAGACCAAGGGCCCGUCGCUCGAGGAAAUUGCAUUUAUCUUUGAUGGACCGGACGCCACCAUCUCGCGAGUUGAGAAGAUGGAUGAAGCUGGGCGCAUUGAGAUGGAAGAGAAAGUGUGAUGCCAUGUACUACUACCACAAUUCAGCUCUAGAGAUAGCACGCCCUCAAUCA